GUUGGAUUGACGUUGUGAGGAUUUGUUAGUAUAACGGGAUCUUAUCGGAAUCAAGAAGCACCAGACUACGGCAAAAAUUAUUGGGAGAAGGGGGGAGGGGGCGAAUAGGAGUUACGCAAGACCCACCCAAUCAAAGACCGGGUGAUGCUUGAUGGUGCUUGGUCCUGUUCGACGCGUAUGGAUGAUCAGACCAAAGAAUGAAUAUGAUACUAUUACUAGAGGUGUGUUUUACUGUUGUCUCUUCCACUGCUAUUGUUUUGGAGAAUUAUACCGUUAAUUACUCCCAGAUGCCAAACGACAACACGGAUUUACAGGAAACCAAAACCCGAUUACGGUGUUCUGUUGGCAGCCAACGACCAUCACUAGACAUUCAUGGUGGAUUGGACGACAUUGAUUAUCCCUCUAACGGUACCAAUGCUACCUUGCCGCAUAAUACCGUGAACAAUGGAAUUUCGUACAGUAUGCUUGGAAUCAUCAAUAUUUUGAUGACUGUAAACGUUAUCGGAGGGGUGUUAUUCGUGCUACAUAGACGAUAUUUGUAUAGACUUGAAUUGCGCACGCGCAUCAAAGGAUGCAUUAACUUAAGAAGUUACACUGGAAUUAAAAAGUACUCAGUGAAUUCACAAAGCAAAAAUAAAACUCAACCCAUGAACUGUUUGUUGGGCGAUACUAACACGAAUAUUGAUGUCGAGUCUGCACCUACCUGCCGUGUUUAUUUCUUAAAUGAAAUAUCUGACCACUUUGUUGAUUCCGAGACUCAAACCGGUGUAAUUUCUCAGACGAACAAGAAGAACGUGUUUGGGCAACCUUACACACAUCGAGUCUUGGCCGAUGAAUCGAAUGCCACUGUAAACAUUCCAAACUCGGAAUCUCGUAUGACCCUUCCUUUGAGCGAACUCCGCAAACAUCCAAUCGAAGUUCACUGCUGCAGUUUCGAUUGCAUCCGACUGAUCCGUCAUAAAAUGGAUAUCUCAGAUGAUGUGGAUUUGGCCUCGCCUACAGUCGAGUAUCUCCUUCCUGGAUAUGCCAAGCUCUGUGACUAUGCGGUUGUUGUAUUGCCUUUUAUCGGUGACCCGUCACAGUUGCGCGUUUGGAAGUUUCAGUCGGCCGAAGGUCAACAUGUGGUUUCUGAAAAGGUCGAAGUACCUCUUAAAACAAAAAUAAACGAACAUAUGGAUGCGUAUUAUGAAGUUGACGGUAAUAAAGUUCACAUCUACACGAAAUCCUUUUCCGGAUUUUACUGCACUAUUACCUCAGAUCGCCUUAUUACCAUGACAGCGUUUGUGUAUGGGUCAUAUAAGAAGAUAGAACAAGAUAUAUCUCCCAGGCGAGAGGUCCGUCUGAGGCUGUUCAUUUUGGACGAAAUCUUCAUGUUCAUGGAUUAUAAAAAGAAUUUGGAUGACAGCGAGAACAAGGGACGUCGAAGACUGAUAACGACACAGGUUCUGUUAACACCAUUUACGACGCUUGAAGAGCGUCUAUUACCAGACGAUCAAGUCAUUUCCAGACUGCGAUAUAAAGCACAGCAUUGGACCCCAAUUCGUGUGGAAGACACAACAGAGGCAGCCUUCGAAGAUGAACAGGUUACAGAGCUACAUAUCAUACUUAAAACUAACGAGGAAUGCCACCAGUUGCAGUCAGCCCAGGGUGAACCAGGAUUUCCGAUCGCAGCGGAAUGGUACCUGUGUGCUAGACCUGAAAUUGUGCCACAGGAUGUUUUUCAGUGUAUGUUAGAUGUCGACGUCUAUAUGAGGUGUAGAGGCAAUGAGAGAAAACAUAACAGAAUCGCCAUUGACGAAUGGCAUCUACUUGCAAACGAAAAACUUCCGAUAGAGGUUGGACGUAUGUCACGGUCUGUUCAUAGUAUCAAGGAAUACUUUGCAAGCAACCCUGCGGAAUUCGCUCGUAUAAGACUUGUAUUACAGAGAAAUUACAAUGUGAACGGUAAUUCCGCCGAAGACCUGUUUGAACAGCUACAAAUAACAUAUCAGCCUCAAAUGAUUACAAGAGCAGUUAUUGAAGCGUUGAGAGAGGCUCGAUUGGAUCACGUGAUAAACACUCUCUACAUACGAGGCGAUCUCAUUGGCACAGCGAUUGAAAAGUCAGAACAUAAAAAUAACAACAAAGAUUAUGGUGGUGACACAUUGUCUGACAAAACUCAGAAAUCGUGGAAACAAAAUUACCAUUGGUUAAGCAUUAUUCAAGAAGGCCAAGAAAUUAGACUGACCAGUAUAAUUUGCAAAUAUAAAAAGUUUUAAAGUAUCUUGGCAAAUGAAGGUUCUACAUACAUUCAAAGGAACAGUAUUGAUAGACACAGUAAGUUCAAUGUGCAUCAAAUUGUCGAGAAAGAACUGGCAAAUGCAGUCAAUAAUGUUAUGACAACUAAGAAGAUUAAAAGGAAUCUAUGGUUACAACUAUAGAUGAUGCCCUAAAACUUGGUAAACUUGAGCAUUUAAAUUCAAUAAUAGAGAGUAUAAAAGAUGAAAGCACGCAUUAAAAUAGUGACAAUAGAAGAUGGUUCAACAUGUGAAUUAUUGAAUGAUGAUGUUUUCUUGACUCACAGGCCAAUUCGUAUCAUGCAUUUAAGAGAUAGAUAUGUGACAUGUUUUGAAAAGAACUAUUAGCAUAGGUUUAAAAGGGUGACAGUGAGAGUUGGGCUGUUUUGGAGACUUAGAGUGAGCUCUAUGGUGUAGAUAAGGAGGUCACUGUUGUUAGUGGAGAUUUAGAGUCUUUAGAAACCAAAACACUCUGUCAUAGAGAUAUCCAGAUUAAUGGAAGUAAAGCGUUACCCGAAUUAGACAAGCUAUGCAAAUUAUGCCUGUUUAUUAUUGUUACCAGUGUGGAAUAUCAAAGAAGUUUCAGCAAAAAAAACGGACUGCAAAUAGUUUAGAAGCUGUCUCAAAGAAGAUAAUAUUGACCUGCUGAUUGCAGAGAAUAUGUACCAGGUCCCUGUGGGAUCAUACGGCCCAUCUAGUGCAGUACUGGCGUAUCUGUAUCUUCUGGUUUUUAAAGAUAAAAAGAGAAGGGAGGACCAGGAAACUUAAGAAACUUCAGAUGAGAAGAAAACAUUCAAAGUUUUAACUUUUUAGAGAUUAUGUUUAUAGUUAAUUUACAUAGAUCUCAGGCAGUGUGACUUUAUUUUCAAUUGCACAAGCAGAGUCAUAAUUUAGUUUAAUUGUGAAUUGACGUUCAUGUUAUACUCGAAUAAUCUAUUUAAGAAAGACCCAAUGAAGACAGAUAUACAACACGUGUAAGUUGAUUAUUUGAAAGAAAGUAUGUUCUUAUAAUCAUUUAAAAUGUAUUAUGUUGUUAUUUAUUAAUAACAAAUAAUAAUAUUUCUAGAUUAAA